AUAAUACUUGUAGAAUUAGUCCCUCAACAUAAAAAUACUCGUAGAAUUAGGAAAUGGCCUAACCGUUCUCAGAAAAGAAAAGGAAAUGGCUUAACCAGAUUAGUUGGUUGAGCCGAACCAAGUCACCAGUUCGGUCUCCUCCUGUUCCGUCUUCCCCACCCAGGCACCCGGCUCGUCUGGAAACAUGGCGCUGCCACGCCACCGCCGCUCGCCGCCGGCGCUUCCAGACCACCUCCUCGAGGAAAUCUUCUCCCGCCUCCCUCCCGACGAACCCUCAUGCCUCCUCCGCGCCUGCCUCGUCUGCAAGCACUGGCGCGACAUCAUCUCCGCCCCCAGCUUCCUCCGCCACCUCCACGCGCACCGCCGGGCACCCAAUAUGCUAGGGUUCCUCCAGCACUCGGAAGGUGAUGAGAAUCUCCCCGUCUACGUGCCCACCUCCCCCUACUCCUUCCCUGUCCCCGACCCCCGCGAUUGGCACGUCCUCGGCUACCGGCACGGCCGCGCCGUAUUCGUCUCCGAGACUACCGACCGGGAGCUCCUCGUCUGGGAGCCGUUCACAGGAAACCGGUGGAGCGUGCCGGUACCCGCGGAACUCAACAUCGGGCACUCCAACGCCACCGUGCUCUGUGCGGCGGAGGGGUGCGACCAUCUCAACUGCCACGGGGGGCCCUUCCGCAUUGUCUUGGUGUUCACCACCCCCUUCGACGAGGAAACAGAGUGGGUCACGUCGGCGUGCCAAUACUCGUCGGAGACCGGCGCCUGGGGUGAGGUGGCCUUGGCCUUGCCCUGGCGCGAUGGCUUUUCCUUGCUCUGUGAGAAUCCUGGCCUGCUCGUGGGGAAUUCUCUGCUGUACUUCCUGUACCUUGAUGGGCACACCCUCGAGUACAACUUGGCUGAGCAUGUCCUCAAUGUGAUCAACCCACCGGAACCGGACUUUGGUGCUGCUGCAUUCUCGCAGAGAGUUAUGCUGGUUCAGGCGGAGGAUGGUGGGCUGGGAAUUGCUCUAGCUGAUGACAAUGGGUUCAAUCAUCUCUACCUCUGGUCAAGGAAGGUCAGUGAAGGAGGUGAUGCAGAAUGGGUGGAGUGCCCGGUCAUGUACCUCGGCGAUUCGCUUCCAUUUGCUGCUAGGUCGUCGUCCUCAAGAAUAAUAGCAUUUCUGAUGGGCUUUGUCGAGGGGGCAAAUACCAUUUUGGUGAGCACGGAUGAUGGCUUCUUUUCAAUCGAGCUCCAGUCCAAGCGGGGGAGGAAGAUGUGCAAGGACCGAUGCAGGGCCUACCCUUUGGUUCCAGUUGUCAGCUCCUACUCCACACUCCGGGUACCUCAAGUUGAGCACGAUGGCCUGGGCUCUCCGGACUUCAAUGGUGAGUCAGAUGACGAGGAGUGGGAGUGGGAAGCACUAAGGCAGGCAGAGUCGCUGUUUUACAGAGGGUCCAGGGCCAUCAAGGAGGGGGACUUUGUUGCCGCUGUUGAUUGCCUCAGCCGCGUCCUGGCGAUCAGGGUUGCACAUUAUGGUGAACUUGCUGCGGAAUGUGCUAGCGUGUAUUACAAAUAUGGGCGUGCCUUGCUAUGGAAAGCUCAAAAGGCAACUAAUCCUCUGGCAAACCUUCCCAAGAAGGGUACAAUCAGCAAAGCUCGUACUGAAGAACGGGAAAACUCAAAUGGCGAAGAUCAGGAGGAUAAGAAGGGUGACAAUGAGAUGGCAGGCGCUGGAGAUGUUUCUGAUGUGGAUCUUGCUGGGAAAAUGUUAGAUACUGCAAGAGUAAUAAUGGAAAAGAGCACAGACAACACUGUGGAGAUAUCAAGAAUCCUUUCUGCUCUCACUGAAGUCUCCAUGGAAAAGAGAAAAAGAGGAAUUAAUUAGACAAAUCACUCAGUGAAAGUUUUAGCCAUCCUGGAGCAUUUACCUAACUGCAUUCUAUUUGCGGUAUGAAAUUGUCAAUCGUCUGUCAUAUAGCAGUACUAUUUGCAUCCUUCCGGAGGUGGAUCUCUGUGGUUUUAGGAGUACUAAAUUUUCAGUUAGAUACUUGCUGGUAUCUUGUAGAUUUGGUUGGUCUUCCUGUUGCUUAUCCCCCUUAAUUCAGUCCUAGGAGGACUCCCUGCACCUGGCUGCUUUGUCUUGGAGCUUCCUCCAUUAUGUAGACCGUGUAUCAAAACCAAAAAAGUGGCAAGGAGGCUCAGAAAUUCCACUUGAGAAGAUGAGAUAAAGAUCAUUACCGACA